AUGGGUACCAAUAGUGGUCAACUAACUGUUUUGGAUGAUGAAUUAAAACGAUUAAAGGGGAUGACCGAUAGUCAAUAUGCAACUGAGGAUAUGGAUACGGACACCAACGAAGAUGUUGAUAGAAGGUCAAUAUAUGUUGGAAAUGUUGAUUAUUCCACGAAACCACAAGAGCUCCAAGAAUUUUUUAAAUCUUCUGGUCAAAUAAACAGAAUUACAAUAAUGGUGGAUAAAUGGACUGGACACCCCAAAGGGUACGCCUACGUCGAGUUCUCCAGUGAGGAUGCUGUGGGAAACGCUGUUAUGUUAAACGAUUCGCUUUUUAAAGAAAGGAUUAUUAAGGUUAUUCCAAAAAGGAAAAAUAUACCUGGUUUUAACAGGCGAAGGCCUAUGGGCCGAGGGAGAUCACGUGGAUUCCGGGGUUAUCGAAGGUACCCAUCGCUAUUUAUUUAUUAA